GACGGGCGCUGAACGGAGUGGGGCUGCUGGCUGCGGCGCGCCGGCGGGGUGGAGGCCAGGCGUGGAGAUGCUGUCUAGGCCCCUGGGGCGAGGCCGGGUCCAGCAGGUUUCCGAGGCCAGAAGCUCCAGGUCGCAGCGCUGAGCCCCUGCCCCCCCCCCGGGGCCGAGCUGCGCCUGUCCCCGCGUGUCCCCGGGCGCCGGGCGCGGCGUCCAGGUGGGGCUGGCGCGUGUUCACCUGCGCGCAGGAAGCGCGGGGAGGCGGGGCGGGGAAGCGGGGUGCGCGCCCGUCCCCGGAGCCGCCGUCAGUCACCGCCGCCGCGCGCCAGCGAGGACGAGCCUCGGCCUGGCGGCCCGCGACCCCAGAAGGCCGCGCCGGGGACCAGCGACCCCGCGACGGCCCUCGGCCUCGGAGGGACGAGCGCAGCACCGCUUCUGAAGACCCCAUCAGCUGAGGAUGGGAAACCACGCUGGAAAGCGAGAGUUAGCUGCCCAAAAGUCCAGCAAGAAUGAUGAAACUAACAGAGGAGAGCCUGAAAAAAAGAGACACCACAGGGAGCUUUCUCAGACGGCCUCUGAAGACAGCGACGUGUUCGGCGAGGCAGAUGCAAACCUGAACAAUGGGACCUCGUCUGAGGACACAGCGGUGACAGACUCCAAGCGCACAGCAGACCCAAAGAAUGUCUGGCAGGAUGCCCACCCAGCUGACCCACGGAGCCGCCCCCAUUUGAUCCGCCUCUUUUCCCGAGAUGCCCCGGGGAGGGAGGACAACACCUUCAAAGACAGGCCCUCGGAGUCUGACGAGCUCCAGACCAUCCAAGAAGACAGCACAGCAGCUUCCCAGGACCUGGAUGUGAUGGCGUCGCAGAAAAGACCCUCCCAGAGGCACGGAUCUAAGUACUUGACCUCAGCAAGUACCGUGGACCACGCCAGGCAUGCCUUCCUCCCGAGGCACAGAGACACGGGCCUCCUCGACUCCAUCGGGCGCUUCUUUGGCGGUGACAGGGGUGCGCCCAAGCGGGGCUCCGGCAAGGUACCCUGGCUAAAGCAGAGCCGGAGCCCUCUGCCCUCUUAUGCCUGCAGCCAGCCUGGGCUGUGCAACAUGUACAAGGACUCACACCACGCAGCAAGAACUGCACACUAUGGUUCCCUGCCCCAGAAGCAGCACGGCCGGACCCAAGAUGAAAACCCAGUAGUCCACUUCUUCAAGAACAUCGUGACACCUCGCACACCACCUCCAUCACAAGGAAAGGGGAGAGGACUGUCCCUCAGCAGAUUUAGCUGGGGGGCCGAGGGGCAGAAGCCAGGAUUUGGCUAUGGAGGCAGAUCUGACUAUAAAUCGGCUCACAAAGGACUCAAAGGGGCCCACGAGGGCCACGGCACGCUUUCCAAAAUCUUUAAGCUGGGCGGAAGGGACAGCCGCUCUGGAUCUCCUAUGGCAAGACGCUGAAGCCCUGACUGUCCUUACAACGCCCCGCUCUCCGCUUCUUAAUAUAACUGCCUUAAACUUUAAUUCCAUGCACCGAUUAGCUAGUUAGAGCAGAUGCCCUCUCUCCUAAUCCCUGGAGCUGUGCACGCAGUGGGGCCACGCCCAAGGCACCCCACUGGCAAUUUCCAGCUAAUAGUUAAAUGGAGAAAAUGAAAACAAAAAUGUUUAAAACUGUCACUUUCUGUUUGAAGACUGAGUUUCCUUGGGGCCUUUGCUCUCCUGCAUGGUGCCCCAGUGCACAUUGAUCUGGUCUCUGCAGUCCAAGUGCACAGAGAUCCGUCCAAGUUCACCCUCGCUCCACCCUGGACUUUGUUUUUGCUGUGAAGAGCACCUUCAGCUUUGGGCACAGCCAUCAGGCACACGCUGAGGAGUCAGAGAACCAGGCACAGGGACUGUCGUGAUCCAGGCUUCCUUUGUUUUCUUUCCUGGCCCUUCUCUCACUUCAUUUUUUUCUAACAGGAUUAGACAGUCACAGAGUGGCUUAAACACUGGGAGCUUUCGGCAUGUGAGUGAGGGCUGGCAGCUGUGAGAGUCCAGUGUGGGUAACGUGGGGGGCACCUCCAGGCCGGCUGCUCCCCACACCCCACCAGCUGAUUUCGAGCGAACGUGGCAGAGGGAGGGAAGGGGGCACACGGACUGAGCAAUGGCCCCCAACAGGGAAAGGGGCCCUUGGGAAUGAGGCGCUGGAGAUGUGUGUGUGGCCACUGGAUGUCACUGUCCCUGCACAGCGGCCUCCAGAGCAGCCACAGUGGAGAACCCCAUUUCCUCACAGAGCCCAGGGAGAGUCCAGGGAGAUGGCACAUCUCAGAGGGGGACUGAAGGAGUUCUCUGGUGGCCUUUUGGAGUCACUCUGGUCAGUUCUCACUGAGGGGGUGACCCAGGGCAGCUCACAAUGGCAGUGCUCACUGGCACACACUAACCUCAGUGCAAAGAUAACGUCCUCUACUUGCCUCCUAGAAAUGAACCACCCUUAGUGAACAACUUAGGAGCGUGCCCAUGGCUGACUGGCUAACCUAGACUCAGGGCUGGCCUGGCCGACCCUACGGGGACGAGGAGCUCUGAACCCCACCUUCUCUAACGUCCCCAGUCCUCCCCUAACCUACUGAUCUGCCUUUUGAUUUAGCAUGUCUUUUACAGACCUUGCAAGGAGCCCAUGCUGGCCAUCUUCCCUUAAAACAAGAUGACGAUGGUAAUGUAACGGCUGAGUGUACCUCGUUAAUCCCGUUCUAAUUCUGAAAGUUUAGUGUGGGUUUAAGGUAACACCUAUUAAUACGUAGUGUCAUUGAUGAGCGGGUAAGAAAAAACAAGGGGGACAAAAUUCCAGAAAUAAACCCUCCAAAUUGUUCACCAGGACUACUCGCCCUCUGAUGGGGACUGAGUGACCUCGCUCGGGACCACAUCUGGACAGCAUGCGCUGCGGAUGGGUCAAUGGGAGCACACACUGUUCUUGAAUAUCGAAAUAAAUAAUAAA